AAUAAAUUCCACUCUCUUAAACAAACCAAAUAAUUAUAAUAAUAAGGAAAAACCCUCACUUUCCAUUCCACUUCUUUUAUACUUGGAAUCCAAAGCCUCAUUUCUCUUCAUUCAACAUCUAAAGGGGGUUUUUUUUUAAUUCUCCAAUUUUCAACUAUGGCCUAUUGCAACCCUUCUUCUGAUCAGAAACCAGAUGAAAUGGCUUCAAUGGAGGUUGGAAGUGACAAGGAUGUUAAAGUUCAUGUCUUCUCUUCAUCAUCAGAGUUGAUCGAAAAGCUGCACGAGAAGUGGAGUCCGGUGAAGAAGAAACCAUAUCCGGCUAUGUAUUCCAGCGUUUUCGGAGGGAUCAUUCUUCACCCUGCCAUGAUGGUAAUUCCCAUAGAUGAUCACAUGGUUCAUCGAGGCCACGGUGUAUUCGAUACAGCAGUCAUUCUAGAUGGCUACAUCUAUGAGCUGGAUGCUCAUUUAGAUCGCUUCCUUCGGUCGGCAUCAAAAGCAAGAAUCACCCUUCCGUUUCCUCGAUCAACUCUUCGUAGUAUUCUUGUGCAAUUGACCGCCGCAUCACAGUGCAAGGAAGGAACUCUACGGUACUGGUUGAGUGCCGGUCCUGGUAAUUUCUUGCUUUCUCCUGCCAAAUGCCCUACUUCUGCAUUCUACGCUGUAGUCAUUGCUGACGUUGUCUCGCAAUGCAAAAACGGGGUUAAAGUGAUAACUUCGACUAUCCCUAUGAAAGCACCUCUGUUUGCUACAAUGAAGAAUGUAAAUUACUUGCCGAAUGUUCUUUCAAUAAUGGAAGCUGAAGACAAGGGUGCAUAUGCUUCGAUUUGGGUUGACGAUGAUGGUUUUAUCGCAGAGGGCCCUAAUGUGAAUGUCGCAUUUAUAACCAAUGAUAAGGAACUUAUUUUGCCUUCAUUCGAUAAUAUCCUAAGCGGGUGUACUGCAAAAAGGCUUCUCGAAUUAGCACCUAAGUUGGUCAAGCAAGGGCGUCUUAAAAGUGUCAAAACUGCCAAUCUUACCGUCAUGGAAGCCAAAGGUGCAGCAGAAAUGAUGUAUAUAGGAAGUACGCUACCGAUAUUGCCAAUCAUCAUGUGGGACGAACAUCCCAUCGGAGAUGGAAAAGUGGGAGAUUUGACAAUGGCACUCUCCGAUCUGCUUUGGCAUGAUAUGGUAGCUGGUCCUAAUACACACAGGAUCUGUGUUCCCUACUGAAUCCAAAGUUCAUCGAGUUUGCUCAGAAAGAGAUCAUACACCUUGGCACGCAGUAAUUCCGAUUGCAUAUCCUAGAUGGGUCGCCUCCAAAUGUUUUCUUUCUGGUCCUAAAAUGAAUUCACGAAAAGGUUCCGAAUAAGAGGCCAGUUGCCUGUACUGCUGUUCAUCUUCGUGUUCAUGUUAUUUAGCAAGAACAUAAUGUUAAUGACUCAUUAUUAGAUCAAAUUGAUGCAUUACAUCCAUAGAA